AUGGCUUCUCAUAUGCAAGAGCAAGAGGUUGAAGAUGGCACAAACUUUGUUCUGGUAUUUGCUGGAGCUCUUCUGAAAUUAGUUGAAGACCUUGUGAGGAUUGGCUUGUCAGUUUCAAAGGUCAUAGAAGGUUAUGAAAUAGCCUGCAGAAAAGCCCAUAAAAUUCUUCCCAAUUUAGUAUGUUGUUCUGCAAAAAACCUUUGGGACGCUGAUGAAGUGUCAUCUCUACUUCUUACCUCCAUAAUGAGUAAGCAAUAUGGCAAAGAAGCAUUUUUGGCCAAGCUUAUUGCUCAAGCAUGUGUAUCUAUUUUUCCUGAUUCUGGCAAUUUCAAUGUUGAUAACAUCAGAGUGUGUAAACUUCUGGGCCCUGGUAUCUACUCCUCUUCAGUAUUGCAUGGCAUGGUUUUUAGGAAGGAAACUGAAGGUGAUGUAACAUCUGUCAAAGAUGCAAAAAUAGCAGUGUACUCCUGCCCUUUUGAUGGUAUGAUAACAGAAACUAAGGGAACGGUAUUAAUAAAGACUGCUGAAAAACUGAUGAGUUUUAGUAAAGGGGAAGAAAAUCUUAUGGACGCGCAAGUCAAAGCUAUUGCCAAUACUGGUGCAAAUGUCAUGGUAACAGGUGGCAAAGUGGCUGACAUGGCUCUUCAUUAUAGAAACAAAUACAAUAUCAUGCUGGUGAGGCUUAACUCAAAGUGGGAUCUCCGAAGACUAUAUAAAACUGUUGGUGCGACAGCUCCUCCUAGACUAACUCCUCCUGUCCUUGAAGAAAUGGGACAUUGUGACAGUGUUUACCUUUCAGAAGUUGGAGAUACACAGGUGGUAGUUUUUAAACAUGAAGAAGAAGAUGGUGCUAUUUCUACGUUAAUUCUUCGAGGUUCUACAGACAACCUGAUGGAUGAUAUUGAAAAGGCAGUGGAUGAUGGUGUAAAUACUUUCGAAUUUCUCACAAGGAUAAACGUCUUGUACCUGGAGGGGAAGCAACAGAAAUUGAAUUGGCCAAAAAAAAAAAUAACAUCAUAUGGAGAGACGUGUCCUGCACUUGAACAAUAUGCUAUUACAAAGUUUGCUGAAGAAUUUGAAGCUAUUCCACGGGCACUGGCAGAAAACUCUGGAGUUAAAGCCAAUGAAGUCAUUUCUAAACUUUAUACACUGCACCAAGAAGGAAAUAAAAAUGUUGGAAUAGAUAUUGAAGCUGAUGUAAAAAGACAUGUUGGAAGCUGGUAUCUUAGAUACUUACCUGGGAAAAUACUGGGCUAUUAA